AUGCGCUUCACUAGCUCUGUCUUCACCUUCUUCUCCCUCGUUGGCCUCUCUUCGACUGUCUUGCCCUGCUGGCAGCGCGUCCCUUUCUCUUAUGGCUACGGGAUAAGCAAUCGGCGGACUAUUGUCCUCAGUGCCGAAUCUGCGGGCUCGCCAGCGGGAAGCGGCAGCGAGCUCUGCCCGCAGUGUCUGCAGUCCUGCAGUAAUAAACCAGACUUAGAUGGUAAUUCGAUCUGGAAAGUUUGGGUCUCGCACAACCUCGCGUGCAACUCGGCGAACGCCGACAUCAACCGUGACUCAAACGUCACAUCUUCCAUCCAAGGCGAAGGCGGUUGA